AUGAACACAGAAACAUUGAAUGUAAUCAAUAAAUCAUUGAACUGGUCAAAUUAUGCAAUGAAAACAAUCUCGAACACUAAUCAUAUUAAUCAUAAUGAGCAUAAAAAUAAUACUGACUGUACUUGGACAAUGGACAAUAAUGCAUUGACCAGUGAAAAUUCAAGUAUUCCAUAUCAUCUCCAUCCGUCGUAUCAUGACGACGAUGAGGAUGAUGAUGAAGGAGUAAAUAACACCAUGAACAAAUAUCCAGGAAUCGAUCAAUCUAUGAAUCAUCAAACUGGAAAAUCUAUUCAGCCUAAUGCGAGUAAUAUUACACAGACUACAAUGAAUUUUGGGGAUAAUAAGGGUGAUGAUGAGGAAUCGAGUAUUCAUGCUUCUAAAAUUAACAAUGACGUUGAAAAUAAAAAUCCUGAUAAAUUAUUGAAUUACAUGGAAUAUGAGCUUCAAACACAAAUGAAAACAAACUCCCACUGGAAUAAUAAUCUUGGCAAACACAACAAAAAUAUGGAAUUGUCUAAUAAGUGUGAUGAAGCUGAUGAGAGUACAUUAAUCAAUAAAACAAAUGGAAAUAAGUUUGAUCAAUAUCACGGUGAGAUUUCAAAUAACUCCAACAACGAAUUGACUGAAUUGGAUGAGAAAAAAAUCAAUUUACUAGAAGAAACAGCGCAGAACAGAAAACUAAAUGACUCAUUUGAUCGCACUCAUUAUCAUGAGGCUACUGACAAUCGAAUCAUGAAAGACCCCCAUUUAAUUCAAUCAACUUUAAGGCAGUCAGAAAAGUCCAAAAUGAUUGAUUGGUCCAACACCAGCAGUCAUCAAAUAAUCAAUGAUAAUAAUAAUUAUGGUGAUCAUUCACAAAAUAAAUGUGAACAAUCAUCAUUUAUGUCAGAUAAUCAAUCAGCAGUAUUCUCUAAUCAUACUUCAUGCUAUCUAAAUCAUUAUAUCACUGAUUCAUCAGGUUACACUUCGUCAAAUUCGUCAUUUUCAAAUUCAUCAUCAGAAUGUUCCACAUCAUCAUCAUCUUCAUUAUCAUCUUCAUCAUCGUCAUGUUUGACUGUAGUUAGUAAAAUUCACCAACCUGGAGAAGAUGACAACCGUGUAAAUUGUGUUGAUAACAGAUUUCAUUCUGACAUAGUGACUGAUAUGAAUUGUGAAAAAUAUUUAUAUAUGAAUUUAUAUUCAACACUCAAUGAUGAUGAUCAUUACGCUCAAAAACAUUCCAAUUUGACGCAAUUCAAUGAGAACUGCCAUUCCCAGACUAAUAUCAUCAGUAGUAAUGAGUAUUAUCGAAACACUGGUUUCAAUCAUUCACUAACCGCUUAUUUACAAGCAAAUAAAUGUUUUAUAAAUAAUAAUAAUAAUCAUGUUUCAAUAGAACAACCAAAAACGAAUUGGAAGAAUGAUUAUAUGCACAAAAUUUUAACUAAAUCAAAAACAAGUUCAUUAGAAAGUGUUCAUAACGAUGAUCAUGAAGAGGACAAUGAUGAAAGUGACAAUGAUAUUGAUCAAACUUGUUAUAUCAAUGAAAAUAGGACAAAUGAUCAAUUGAAUUUCAAUCAUACCUUAUAUGAAUUAGAGGAGGAGAAAAAGAAGACGAAUAAUAAUAAUAAUGAUCUUGUCCAGCUGACAAACAAUACAUUUCCUACUACAUUUACAAUGGAUAAAAAUUACAAUAAACCACAAAUGCUUGAAGUUGGAUUGAUGGAUCGAAUGUUUGUAGACUGUAAUAACAAUGAUGCGUUAAUGAUGAAUAAUAUGAAUGAAUUCUUGAAUUACACCCAGUCAAGACAAUUUGUUCAUGAUUCAACUUUUCCAUUUACUGGAGGAUAUUCUUCAACUACAAUGACAACAGUUCCACUCAUAUCAUCAUCGUCAACAUCGUCACUGUCGACAGCAACCAUGAUAUCAUCAUCGAUUGUAUCAACAACCUCGGGAAUUAUCCGAACAGCUACUGCGACAACAUCAACAACAUCCACAUCGUCAGCGCCAGUAACGACAACGACAACGCUGAAUUGUACACGAAUAAUUAAUCAUGAGAAAAAUAAGAAACUACGUAAACCACGUACAAUUUAUUCAAGUAUGCAAUUACAACAAUUGGCUAAACGAUUUCAUUUAACACAAUAUUUAAGUUUACCUGAAAGAGCAGAAUUAGCUGCAUCAUUGGGAUUAACACAAACUCAGGUGAAAAUAUGGUUUCAAAAUAGGCGGUCAAAAUUCAAAAAGUUGAUCAAUCAAGGUCAUGAUGUAUCCCUUUUAACAAACUCACUAUCUUGCAAAUCAGAAACAAGUGAAUUAAAUAAUCAAUCAGAGAACAUUUAUGAAGAUUGUCAUGAUCUUCUAAUGAAAACUUUAUCAUCUGAAACUGAUAUCCUCAUCAAUUCAGAUGGUAUACCGAUUGACUCUUCAUCUGGAUUUGAAAAUUAUCAUUCGAAUAGCAAUUCAAACAGUCCAAUCAUUCAAUCUGUGAUCAGUUCACCUGAAACAAAUCUCAAUAAACAUAUUACUGCUGUCAAUAAUAAUAACAAUAACAAUAAUAAUAACUAUAUUAAAUCAGAUUUGUUAACAAAUAAUUUAGAUUAUCAAACAUGGUCAACAAAUAUGAAAAAUGAUUACAGUAUUUCUACUGACAAUCAAACAGUUGACAAUCAAUUGAAAUUCAAUCAUUCAAUUCAAAGUGAUAACUAUGUAAAUCGAAAUUUUUACUCGAUAAGCAAUACUAGUGAAACAAAUCUAUUGGAUGCUGUGCCGAAACCGAGUCAUUGGACAAGACCAUUGUUUGAAUCAUCAACAUCCUCUAACUAUUGGUUACCAAUGGUAACCAGUAAUCAUUAUUCACAUUUUAAUCCGAAAUCCUAUUCUACUCCAAGAAACGAUGAUGAUGAUGAUGACGAUGAUGAUGAAGAUGCCGAUGAGGAUGAAAAUGAUGAUGAGGAUGAUGAUGAUGACGAUGAUGAUGAAAAUGCAGACAAUGAAUUAGAACAUAAUAUGAAUAAGAGCACUCAUAAUUCAUGGACUGAUCGAUCCACCACUGAUCAUAGUCAUUUCAAUCCGACAAUAAGUAAAGAUACAUUGAACAGUUCUGAAAUCAUUUAUUCCAAAUCAUUACAAACUUAUCCAUGUCAAGAAUGGAAAAAAUACUGUCUAAAUAAUCAAACAAAUCCAUUAGCUUAUAACUUCCAACAAACUAAUUCAUCAAAAACAUCUCAAGAUCCAUUCAAUUACAGUGUUUAUCCUUCUUAUGCACAAAAAUUACCUGCACAUUCAUUGACAACUUCUUCGUCCAUACUAUCAACAGAAGCUCAGCCAACAUUAUGGUCCCCGAUAGAAUCAAUCUGUAUACAACAACAACAACAAACUGGACAAGAUGACAUUGAAUCAAACUUUAAAUCUUGUCACGCUAUUACAGAUAAUAGUUUCAAUAAACUCACUGAUACUCUUUCAAACUCGGUUAUACCACCAAUAAGUGAAUAUCAAUUACAAACUCAACAAGAACCAGAAUUUCCAGAUCCAUGUGACCAAAACAUCAACAAUAACACAGGUAAUGCAUGA